AGGGAGCGCGCCCCCGCCCCCCUCCCCGGCCCCCGCUCUUGCACCGCCGCUGCCGAAGUCCCACCUUCCCGUCGGCCCCCGCGGGAAGGUCCAGGGGCUUACCUCCUCGUUCCCCGGAUCGGGGCCACAGGUGUGAUGGUCGGCUCCCACACAGACAUGGCGCCUGCCUCCACUGCUGAGGGGGCUGGGGAGAAGCCCGGCCCUGCGGCCCCUGCCCCAGCGGCCCAGUAUGAGUGUGGGGAGUGCGGCAAGUCAUUCCGGUGGUCAUCUCGACUCCUGCAUCACCAGCGCACACACACAGGCGAGCGGCCCUACAAGUGCCCAGACUGCCCUAAGGCCUUCAAGGGUUCCUCGGCCCUGCUCUACCACCAGCGGGGCCACACGGGCGAGCGGCCAUACCAGUGCCCCGACUGCCCUAAGGCCUUCAAGCGCUCCUCCCUGCUGCAGAUCCACCGCAGCGUACACACGGGCCUGCGUGCCUUCACCUGUGGCCAGUGCGGCCUGGCCUUCAAGUGGUCGUCGCACUACCAGUACCACCUGCGGCAGCACACAGGCGAGCGGCCCUACCCGUGCCCAGACUGCCCCAAGGCCUUCAAGAACUCGUCCAGCCUUCGGCGCCACCGCCAUGUGCACACGGGCGAGCGGCCCUACACCUGCGGCGUGUGCGGCAAGAGCUUCACGCAAAGCACGAACCUGCGGCAGCAUCAGCGUGUACACACCGGCGAACGCCCCUUCCGCUGCCCGCUCUGCCCCAAGACCUUCACCCACUCCUCCAACCUGCUGUUGCACCAGCGCACCCACUGCGCGGUCCCCGCCCAGGUUCCCGCCCCCUCCGCCCCUCCGCCGCCGCCCUGCGAGCCCUGCACCAGCGGCAAGGUACUGGUCCCAGAUGCCUACCUGCAGCGGCACAUCCAGCCACAUAGCCCUCCUGCGCCCCCGGCCCCACCUCCCCCACCCCCACCUCCUCCCGUGGUGCCUGAGCUCUUCUUGGCCGCGGCAGAGACCACGGUGGAGCUGGUGUAUCGUUGUGACGGCUGCGAGCAGGGCUUCGGGAGCGAGGAGCUGCUGGAGGAGCACCAGCCAUGCCCAGGGCCAGAGGUGGCGCCCCUGCACCAGGACGCAUCAGCUGAGACGCCUAAGUCCGAUCCCCCGUCCUCUCUGCCCCAGCUCCCUCGUGCCACUGCCACUCCUGCCCCUGGCUUUGCCUGCCUCCCCUGUGGGAAGUCCUUCCGUACUGUGGCGGGCCUCUCUCGCCACCAGCAUAGCCACGGGCCAGCGGGUGGGCAGGCGUUCCGCUGCGGCAGCUGCGAUUGCUCCUUCCCGCAGCUAGCCAGCCUCCUGGCACACCAGCAGUGCCACGUGGAAGAGGCAGCAGCCGGGCGCCCACCCCCCCAGGCUGAGGCCGCUGAGGUCACCUGCCCCCAGGAGCCACUGGCACCGGCUGCCCCCGCGCCCCCACCGCCCCUGCCAGCACCUGCUUCUACAGAGAGGCCCUACAAAUGUGCCGAGUGCGGCAAGGCCUUCAAGGGCUCCUCUGGGCUGCGCUACCACCUGCGGGACCACACGGGCGAACGACCCUACCAGUGUGGCGAGUGCGGCAAGGCCUUCAAGCGCUCUUCCUUGCUAGCCAUCCACCAGCGCGUGCACACUGGCCUGCGCGCCUUCACCUGCAGCCAGUGUGGCCUCACUUUCAAGUGGUCCUCACACUACCAGUACCACCUGCGGCUGCAUUCGGGGGAGCGGCCCUAUGCCUGUGGGGAGUGUGGCAAGGCCUUCCGCAACACAUCGUGCCUGCGGCGCCACCGCCAUGUGCACACAGGCGAGCGGCCCCAUGCCUGCGGAGUCUGUGGCAAGAGCUUCGCCCAGACCUCCAACCUGCGGCAGCACCAGCGCGUGCACACAGGCGAGCGCCCCUUCCGCUGCCCGCUAUGCCCCAAGACCUUCACCCAUUCCUCCAACCUGCUGCUGCAUCAGCGCACCCACUCGGCUGAGCGUCCCUUUGCCUGCCCCAUCUGCGGUCGGGGUUUCGUGAUGGCCGCCUAUCUGCAGCGGCACCUGAGGACACACGCCCCGGCCAACACGCCCCCUAGCACCACAGCCCCCGCUCCAGGCCCCCAGUCCUCUGCCCCUGUGGCCGUUGCCCCGGCGCCUCCAGCCACCCAAGAUGUUCACGUCCUCCCCCACCUGCAGGCCACACUUUCCUUGGAGGUGGCUGGGAGCACAGCCCAGGCCCAAACCUUGGGCCCAGCAGCCCCCAACUCCCAGACAUUCCUCUUGGUGCAGACAGCCCAGGGCCUCCAGCUGAUCCCCAGCAGUGUCCAGCCCCCUACCCCUCCGCCCCCGCCCGCACCUCCCAAACUUAUUCUGCUGCCCUCCUCGGGUGCCAGUGCCGGGGGUGGGGACGGCUGUGCAAAGCAGGGGUCGCAGGCUGUGGGGAAAGCAGGUCAGGGGGCAGGGGUCCUCUGGCUGCCAGGCCCUGGAGGGCUGGGGGUACAGGGAGGGGGCAGCACAGGGGCCAGCGGGGGCGGGCAGAGCCUCAUUGUUCUGCAGAAUGUAGUGGGCGGGGAGGCAGGGCAGCGGGAAGUGAGUGGGGUUCAGCUCCAGUCCCUCCGCCCAGCCCCUGAAGUGACCACGGUCCAGCUCCAGCCGGCGCAAGAAGUGGCUACGGUCCAGCUUCAGCCGGCACAGGAAGUGACUGCGGUCCAGCUCCAGCCGACCCAGGAAGUGGCCGCGGUCCAGCUCCAGCCUGUGGCGGGCCAGCUCUCCAAUUCCAGUGGGGGAGCCGUGACUGCCGAGCCCCCCAGCCUGCUGGUUGUUCAGAGUGGGGCAGCUGAGGAGUUGCUUACUGGGCCCGGACCUGGAACCGGGGCGGCUGGGGAUGGUGAGGCCAGCACUGGUGUGGUCCAGGAUGUCCUCUUUGAGACACUGCAGACGGAUGAGGGUUUGCAGAGUGUGCUGGUGCUCAGCGGGGCUGAUGGGGAGCAGACCAGGCUCUGUGUGCAGGAGGUAGAAACCCUACCCUCGGGGCUCAGCGAGCCGCCUGCCCCUGGCCCGCCAGGACAGAAACUCCUCAUUAUUCGCAGCGCCCCAGCCACCGAGCUGCUGGAGAACAGCACCGUGGGAGGAGGCGCCGCCACGCUGCAGCUCCUGGCCCCAACACCACCCGGCCCAGCUUCUGUCCCUGCGGGACUCCCAGCUGCUCCCACCUCCCAGAUGGUACAAGUGGUCCCAGCUGGAGCUGGCCCUGGUGUCAUGACCCCACAGAGUCUGCCCUCUAUCCAGAUUGUUCAGACUCUGCCUGCAGUCCAGCUGGUGCACACGUUUUGA